GGAUCGGAUCUCUACGUCAUUCGACAACUCUUGGAUUUCAAACGACGGUAUCCCGACCGCGUGCAUUUGAUCAUGGGCAAUCGAGAUAUUAAUAAAAUGAGAAUACACCAAGAAAUGGGAAGAGACGACAAUCUACCACCACAUGACGGAGUCUACUGGUUGCGAAAUCACGUUCAAUCGACCAAUGCAGGCGACGAGUCAGAUAUUGUACCGUCACAAACCAGUGCAUCCGAACGACUGCAAUUCUUGUUGGGACGGACCAUGGGAAGUCCGAAUGCAUUCGAAUCACGUCGAUUGGAGUUGCAGCGAGAGCGACAAUUUGCACAAGACAACGACGACAACACGACAAUCAGCGACCGAGAUGUGGUCCAGUCGUAUCGAGAGAGCUGUCACCCCGUCACGGGAGAAAUGGGAAACUAUCUGGCCAAUGCCACUCUGGCCUUUAGCCUGGGGGAACUCUUUGUGGUACACGGGGCCUUGCCACUGACGAAUCCAGUAUUGCAACAGCAGAUCAUGAAAGAAGAAGCAGAAUCAAGCCACAACCAACAAUCAGCUGAUUGUUGGAAGGACCUGUCCUUUGCCAUGCCAUGGACAAGCGAGUCGGGGAGCCAAGAAGCAUCACCAUCAUCGAGUAUUACUACAGCCAAGAAAGCAAUCCACGAUUGGGUGGAUGCUCUGAACCAGUUUGCCCGGGAAUCCAUUGACGCUUGGCAACAGGAAGCCGACAAUGAUCCGCCAGAGAAAGGCAGCGUCUGGGCUACCAAUGGUGAAUAUUCCAACAAGUUUCCAGCCUACAAACUGACACAGUAUGGAAUGGGAUGGACUCCCGAUGGAAAACGCAAUCCCACCGUCGUGUACUCGAGUUGGGCCGUGGAUGGAAUGCCUCUGCGAUUCGUUCCAGACAGCAACAACCAAGAGGACUUGUUGUUUGCUCGUCUUGUCCGAGAGUUCUUUCGGCAGUCCAACAUCAAGCUGAUCUUGUCGGGACAUCAGCCUCAGGGGGACAUGCCUUUACCAAUCCGAAUCUUUGAAGAGUCGCAAUCAACAAGUCGUGAUCAUAGCAGCGGGAGUGAUAAUGACGAGCAACGACUACCGGUACUAGGGUGGGUACUUUGUUGUGACACGAGCUACUCGGGAGAUACAAACUGGGUCAAUCAAGAUAGACAAAACUUGGGGAGAGGUCGCGGCCCUGGAUUUCGCGGGGAUGUUGCCGUCGCCGAAACACUCGUGACAAUUGACAGCGAGGGACGGUUGCAGGAUGUCAGAUGGCACGGCGUCCUUUGCGAUGGGACAGCCUAUGAGACGGAAAACUUGCUAGAAUCCUCGUCUUGUGCUCCUUCUGUUGGCUACCUUGCAGACGGGGAUUGGUUGCCCGACCAGGAUGGGACACCUCAUGAAACUCCUUGGUGGGCCAAAGCACAUCUAGCGGAUGGAUCGAUUCUGUUGUCCACGGCCAAGGGGUAUGACGUCUCGAACUACAUGGCGAAACCUCAUGAGAGCCAUGUGACAACAGAAUAA